CAUCUCUUGUAUAGUUAGGAUGCACACAGCCCGUCUAAAUACGUUACAACACAUAGCAGAACUAUUAUGAAUGGGAAAACAAAUGGAACGCCAAUAGAAGCUGCAAUCCGACACGGUCUAUACCAUUUACUACAUCCCUAUUCUUGAUGAGUUGGGGCUGCAGGCAACGAAACGAGAUAGGCAAAUGGAAAGAGCUGCGACGCCAGGGCCUCGCCAUCAAAACGAGGCUCCGACGGAAAGAUCUGGUGGCCACGCCACGCAACGCAAACAUGCAGAGCCACCGCCCCGCCCCCGAAGACCACGUCCGAGAAACAAGCCCAAGCGCACGCGCCCAACAAACAACCAUCAGGGGCCACGCGGCGGCGACGGCGACGGCGACGGCGACGACCGCGGCGCGCGCCAGACGCUCGGCAUCCAUGUCCGUUCCCUCCGCCGGUGCCAAGGAGCCCCCUAGCCCGCCCCCGCCCCCGCCCACCGAGGCCGGGCGGACGCGGCUCCGGGACGAGCAGCUGCGGCAGCUCCGCGAGCUCUUCCUCCGCUUCGACCUCGACGGCGACGGAAGCCUCACCAUGCUCGAGAUUGCCGCGCUGCUCCGCUCGCUCGGCCUCCGCCCCGCCGCGGGGGACGAGAUCCACACCCUCAUCGCAUCCAUGGACAUCGACGGCAACGGAACCGUCGAGUUCGAGGAGCUCACCUCCUCCCUCUCGCAGCUGCUCCUCGGGCCCUGCCGCCCCUCCGUCGCCGUCGACCACGAGCAGCUCGCCGAGGCCUUCCGCGCCUUCGAUCGCGACGGCAACGGGUACAUCUCCGCCGCCGAGCUAGCGCGCUCCAUGGCGCGCAUGGGCCACCCCAUUUGCUACGCCGAGCUCACCGACAUGAUGCGCGAGGCCGACACCGACGGCGACGGCUCCAUCAGCUUCGAGGAAUUCACCGCCAUCAUGGCCAAGUCCGCCGUCGAGUUUCUUGGCCUCGCCGCCUUGUGAAGGGAUUCCGACGCUUACACCUCCGCUUAGAGCCUCGAGGAAUUCUUCUCCGCCUGUAAAUUAGCUCAUUUCCCCUUCUUUUCACCCUUCGGCUUUGCUAUGCACGUAAUUGAAUUGAAUUGGCUGUAUUAUUUAUCUCAUUGUAAAUAUGAUAUACUCUAGUAGUGAACAUUUGAUUUGGAAUUGUCUCUAUCCAGAAAACAUAAUAAAUUUUGCUGACAAAAUAGGAAUAUGAAUUGCUCGAUCGCGUUGAUCCA